UUUUUUUUUUUUUUUUUCUUCGACUUCUUCCUCUUCUUUUCCGCCUGCCUUUCCCCUCUCUCUCUCUCUCCCUCUCCCUUUUAGCAACCAUGAUGGACCUUGAGAACAUUGUGGCGAAUACGCAAUUGAUAAAAGCCAUGGAAGGCAAAGGCAAAUCCAAAAAAUGGAAGGAAAUGCUCCGGUUUCCACAUAUUCGGCAGUGCGCAGAGCUCGAGCGAGAACUCAACGCUGCAGGAGAACUCACGCUCGACGCCGUAUGCAAAUCCGAAAUCGGCAAGCGCCUCUUCCUCACACACUUUUGCGGCAGCUCGCCCGCGUACAAACCAUACAGCACGUUUCUUGCCGACGUGGAGAGCUUCCGCCUCGCACCUCAGACGGAGCAGCGUGCCAAGGCAAAGUCCGUGUACGACUCACUAUCCAAAUCAAGCCAAUUGCCAGUCGUCCCGCAAGCAGUAAUUGGCGAGAUUGGACAGAAACUGGGCGAGUCAACAGUCUCUUCGCAAGUGUUUGAGCCCGCGGAGCUUUUAGUGCGCCAGCACCUGGCUGGCAAACCGUUCGACGAGUUUCGAGCCAGCCACUGGUACAGUCGUCUGCUACAAUGGAAGUGGCUCUCGCGUCGUCCGGUUGACCGCGACAGCUUCCGAUUUUACCGUGUCCUCGGCAAGGGUGGCUUUGGCGAGGUGCAUGCAUGCCAGAAACGCGAUACCGGCAAAAUGUAUGCUGUUAAGUGCUUGGAUAAGAAACGAAUCAAAAAGAAGAAGGGCGAACAGCUCGCCUGGAACGAGCGCGAUCUGUUGGCCAAGGUCAACUCGCGCUUCAUUGUCGGCCUCAAGUACGCGUUUGUCACCAAGGAGCAGCUCUGCAUGGUUUUGGACUUGAUGAACGGCGGCGAUUUGCAAUUCCACCUUUCUUUCUGCACCGUCUUUGAAGAGGAGCGUGCCCGCUUUUACGCAGCCGAGAUGAUUCUCGGGCUCCAGCACUUGCACCAAAAUAAUUUGCUAUAUCGCGACAUGAAACCCGAGAAUAUGUUGUUGAACGAGGAAGGUCACGUAUGUUUGUCCGAUCUCGGCCUUGCUGUCGAACUCAAGCCGCCAAAACUUGUCGUGAAGGGUCGCGUGGGUACGCCAGGAUACAUGGCUCCGGAAGUCAUCAAUGGCGAAAAGUAUGGCGUGUCUGCUGACUGGUGGGGUCUCGGCUGCGUCCUUUAUGACAUGAUCUGUGGUCACAGCCCAUUCCGCGCCCGCAAGGAAAAGCUGCGAGUGGACAAGCUUCAGCAGCGCGUGCUGGAGGCUGUCAUCGAGUACGACUCUCACUUUACGCCCGAAUCAAAAGAUUUGUGCAUGCGGUUACUGGAGCGCGACUAUACAAAGCGACUGGGCUGCAUGGGUGGCGAUGCCGAGGAGCUCAAGCGUCACCCGUUCUUUGCGUCGAUCGAUUGGGUUCGUCUCGAGGCGGGUCUCAUUCCUUCGCCUUGCAAGCCAAGUGCACACCAAGUCAACGCCAAGGAUGUUCUCGACAUUGAUCGCUUUGAUUCCAUCAAGGAUGUCAAGCUGACGGAGGACGACACGGAAAACUACUCAAAGUUCCCGAUGGUCGCCUCGUCGUGCUGGGAAGCCGAAAUUGUUGAGACCGUCUUUGAGGAGCACAACCGGAUUUCCGAGCCACUGCCGUCCGACUUGCGUCAAGACGUGACGGUGGAGCAGUACAUUGCCGAACCUCUCGGAUUUUUCAGCAAACUCAAGAUGAAGUUUGGUCGCAGCCGAAACCCUUCACUGGACUCGGACUCUUCGUCGCCAGACCUUGCACAGUCGUCUUCAUCGCAAGGCGCAAGCACGUCGGCGGCCCGUUCUGCCGCGUAAACCCCACCCCAGACUUUUAGUCAGGCCGUUUCGAAACUUUUUUUUUCUAGUUUCUUCGAAAUGGUCUCCUUUUCUCCCCUCCUUUGCUCUCGUGCCAAGAUUGAUUCUUGGCACGAGCCCCCAAGUGUUGUGUUGUCUCUCGUUUUUUUUUUCUUUUCUUUUGUGUUAUCUCCAUCUGUGUUGCUUUGUGUCUUCCGUCCUGAAUUUUUGUUUGCAUGCCGCCAACGUUCUGUCCGUCGUCUUGUCCUUUUGAUUUUGCAUUUGUAAAACUGGCUCCAAGCAAUGUGCUUCCAUUAAAACAUUCCUACUAUC